GACAGGCCCGGCCGGCCGGCUGAUGUGCCGUGAUGGGUGUGCGCCGGCCACGGUCGUCGUCGAGCGUCGCUCCCGGCGGCCGGGCCGUCCGCGCGCCGCCAGCCGCCGCAGCCGCGCCAGAAGUGGCGGCGCGCUCGGCGCAGGCGGGCCCGGUGGCGGCCACCAGCCGGCGGCGCGAAACCACCGGUCUGUGAGCGUGCACCGGCCGGCGAGAGACGCGGACGCCGUGUGACCCGGGCCGCGGCAGCCGGACGCCGACUCCAUGGAGCUGACCGACACCGCCGCCUUCCCCGCCGAGAAGCAGCCAAAUGCCAGCCGCGUGCGCCAAGUGCUGGCGCACGCCGGCGAAAAAUACAGCGCCAUGGUGGAGCGAAAGGCGGCCACCCUGCCAAGGGCGGCCAAGGCCUCCAACGCCAAGGAGUACGGCUUCUUCAACGACGACGGGCGAAUAUCGCUACACUCGGAGGAGGCCUUCCAGCAGGGGCUCUCCUUUGAGGCACGGUACAUUGGCUCGCUGAACAUUCCGGCACCAAGAAGUAAGCUGGAUAUCGUACAUGCCAUGCGGAAAGUCAGGUUGGAGUUCAAAAACAAGGGUAUCAAAAAGAAACUCGUUACUAUAAAAGUCAGCUCGGCAGGGAUCGAAGUUACGAUGAAAGUACCAAAGAAGAGGAAUCACCCAUCCCUAGAAACCAGCCCGCUCAUCAUGCACCACCCCAUUCACAGAAUUUUCUACGUCUCCCAUGACACUCAGGAUUUCCGAGUAUUCAGCUACAUUUCUGGAGAGAUUCAGUCCAAGCUGUGCCGCUGCAACGUCUUCAAAACAAUUAAAAAGAGCCAAGCGUUAGAAGUGGUCCGGACAGUCGGCCAAGCCUUCGAAGUGUGUCACAGUCUAGAGGCCAGUCUAGCAGACCAGCCGGGGGCGAGCCCGGCCAGCCCGACCUCCACCGCGUCCCCGGCCGGAGGGGUGCCGGCCGCGGCCCCGGCGCCGGCACCCUCGCCCGUGCCGGUGCCGGUGUCGGCCGCCCCGCCGCUGAACCACCCGUCUGACUCGGACAGCGAGCCGAGCAGCGCCGACGCGGCCAAAAAGCCGCCGCCAGCUCCCACGGACACGUCGUCAGAGCAGCCCAGCGUGGACACUCCUCCAUCGCCGCUGUCGGGCGAGCAGCCCGUCGUCUCCGAGCCGGCCCCUGCCUCGGAGCCCACCGAGACGCGCAAGCCGCCCAAGUCGCCCUCGGAGCGGCCGCGCGCCGCCACCGAGCAGCCGCGCUCGCCGGACGGACGGCGCACCACGCGCCGCGACCGCGUCUCGUGCUCGCCGGCAGAGCGGCGGCUUCUGGAGCCGCUGGGCGGCCUGCCGCAGAUGGCUGCCGAGCGGCGGCACAUGCUGCUCGAGGCGCUGAGCGUGCCGGCCAGUCCGAUGGACGGCCGGCGCGCGGCCACCCUGUCGCCGGACGCGCUGACGGCGCCGGCGCCGGAGCAGCUGCACGACGUUCACCGGCUGGCCGGCUCCUCGUCCCUCUAUCACCAGCUGCAGCUGAUGCGGGAGCGGCUGGUGCAGCAGCAACAGCAGACCCAGGCGGCGCUGGCUCAGGUGCACCUGGUUCGCGACCAGCUGCAGGCCGAGACGGCCGCCCGGCUGGAGGCGCAGGCGCGCACCCACCAGCUGCUGCUGCACAACCGCGAGCUGCUCGACCACGUCCAGGUGCUGGUCUCCGAGCUGCAGAGCAUGGAGGAACGCGACGCCGCCGCCAGCGCCGUCAGAGACAAGGGCGGCUGCGACGACGCCGUCUCCCCGGUGGCCAGCUCCACCAGCCUCAGCUCGGAGGAGGCCAAACGGCCGUCGGCCGCCGACCGCUCUGCGCAGCUGGUGCGCGACCUGGAGCGUCUCAACAGCGCGCCGGCCGGCACGCUGGCCCGCGUCAGCCGCUCCGGCAGCGACCGCGCCACGCACGGCGCCGGCCGGCCCGCCAUCAACCGGCACGUCAGCAAGUAGUCGGCGCCACUCGGACGCCCCGGUGUCGCCAGCGCCGCGGCGCACGCGGGACGGCCCCGCCGAGAGUGACAGUGGUGAGCGUCCGCUGCCCCGCCGCGGUCCUAGCGGAGGCGGCGAUUGAUCGUCGAGAGGGACGUAUGAAACGGCGCCGCGAUGGAGCGCUGUCGGUGAAUCGACUACCGGCGCGCGCGGCCCAAGUCCCUCCGGUUGCCUGCGUCCGGCGCGUGUGUCAAGAGUGUUUGACUGCGGAUCUGCGUGUGUCAGUGUGCGUGUCGGGCCCCGGUCGGUGCCCGCCCGCGCCGGCCCCAAGCACCUCAGCCCUGCAAUGCGUGUGUGUGCGUGUGUGCCGCCGGCGCGUCCGGCCACUGUUGAGAUGUGCCUUACUUAUAAGACCAGUGCUAGUCGGCGACGUGCGGCGGCCGGCUCCUAGCAUUGCCGUGCGCGCGGCCCUCCCCCGGCCGAGCGCCGUAGCUCCAAUCACCUAGUGUGUCCGCUCCCGUUUUUAAUAUGAAGGUUGUGAAACAAUAAUAACCGGAA